AUGACAAACAUGAAUUUUAAUUCUGAUUGGCAAUGUUAUCAGCAAACGGUUGAUAGAAUCGAUGAUGUUGCGAUUUCACCUUUAACUAUUAUGCCUGAUGAUCAUGAAUGGCUCUCAAUCGAAUUACCACAUAUUGUAGAUAUUGACAAGCAAAAUAGUGACUCAUGUAUUAAAAUACACAAUUGGUGGUAUCGCAAAAAUUUCAAUGGAAUCUUAUCUGAACAGUCAUCAGACGCAAAAAUUUAUUUAAAUUUCGACUUGUCAACUAAUGACAAUAGUUAUAGUAUAUUAAAUGCUAUUGCUACUAUAUGGCUUAAUAAAAUACAAAUCUUCUCAGGUUCGAUUAUAGAUUUACAAAAACCAAUUGAAUUAACUCAAAACUUAGUGCGUGAUCAUGAAUUACAAAACAAUAUAUUAGUAAUAUCUUGUACAAAUAUGAGUCUUUGUUUACAUAGUCGUCUUAGUGUACAUGAUAACGUAAUUUCUGCAACUGAAGAAAUCCUAUGUGAUGAUCAAACGAAUCAUGAUAAUAUUCAGCAGCUAGUUAAUUCUGAUGAUAAUAACCAAAAUAUCAAUGUUGAAUUGAAUCAUAAUCUACAACUUAAUACAGCACAAACUACUUCUUCGUCAUCAAUAGAACCUUCUGAAUCGAUUACCGAUGAAACGCAAACAGAUGAAGGUGAUCAACAUUUUGAUAACACUUCAGUACCUCGUCUUGCCAUUGUAAUACUCAUAGUCGGCACAAGAGGUGAUGUACAACCCUUUAUUGCUCUUGGACAAGCAUUGAAGGCAGUUGGUCAUCGUGUUCGUUUAGCAACACAUGAAACAUUUCGAUCGUUUGUUCGUAAAAAUGACCUUGAAUUUUAUCCAUUAGCUGGUGAUCCCGAUGAAUUGAUGUCAUUUAUGGUAAAAAAUGCAGGUCUUAUUCCUUCGAUGAGUAGUGUCGUGUCAGGUGAUAUUGGAAAAAAACGUCAUUCUCUUGAAGAUAUUCUUAUAUCUACUUGGGAUGCAUGUACAGCAAACGAUGAUGAAACAUUUCAUCCAUUUACAGCAGAAGCUAUCAUUGCUAAUCCACCAUCAUUUGGUCAUAUACAUUGCGCUGAAAAGCUAAAAAUUCCAUUACAUAUUAUGUUCACUAUGCCAUGGUCGCCUACUUCAGCAUUUCCACAUCCAAUGUGUAAUAUUGAUAUUUCAGCAGGAUCUCCUGAGAAACUUAAUCUUUAUUCCUAUUUUUUGGUUGAAAUGCUUACAUGGAGUGGUAUGAGUGAUAUUACAAACAAAUUUCGAAAACAGCUUCUACAUCUUACACCAUUGAAUUCUAGUCAAGCUGUAAGAGCAAUGGUAUAUGAACAGAUACCACAUACUUAUUGUUGGUCACCAUCACUUGUUCCCAAACCUCAAGACUGGGGACCACAUAUAAAUAUCUCUGGCUUUUUAUUUCUUAACCUUACUAGUAGUUACACAGAUCCGCCAGAAGAUUUGCGUAAUUUUCUUGGUCUUAAUACUCACGAUGAUGAUAAACCUGAAUUACCACCACCAAUUUAUAUUGGUUUUGGUUCUAUUACAGGACAUGAUGCUAAUCAUCUUCUUGAUGUUAUUAUUAAAGCUCUCGAUAAAACUGGUUACCGAGCAUUACUUUCUGGUUUUGCUAAAAAUAAUGAUACUUUACCAGAUAAUAUUUUAAAAAUAGGCAAUGUACCCCAUGAUUGGCUCUUUCAAUAUGUAUCGGCUGUAUGCCAUCAUGGUGGAGCAGGUACAACUGCAGCUGGUCUACGCGCUGGUAAACCAACAAUUAUUGUACCAUUUUUUGGUGAUCAAUUUUUUUGGGGUGAAGCCAUAGAAAAGAUUGGUGCUGGACCUACUGCACUACCAGGAAAAAAUAUAACUGUUGAUCAAUUAGCUGAAGCAUUCGAGUUUGUUCAUAAACCAGCAGCACAAGAAGCUGCUCAACGUUUAAGUGAAGCUUUCUCAAAAGAAGAUGGAUGUGCGGCUGCAGUACAAGCAUUUCAUGCUAAUCUACCUCUAUCACGUAUGCGCAGUGAUCUUGAAUCAACGUUUGUUGCCUGUUAUUAUUUGGAUAAAUAUGGAAUACAAAUAUCACGACCUGUUGCUCGAGUACUUGUAUCAGCAGGUAUGAUAAAUGAAUCAGAACUUCGCAUUCAUCCUACUAAGGAAUGGACAUUCAUGUAUAAUAAUUACACACGUAUACCCACUGACGAUGUAUUUCAUUACACUCCAAAAGCUGUCUCAAAUUUGAUCAUCGAUCUCACUGUAGGAAUAAGGCAAGCUACGAGUAAUAGCGAUAUGGCAGUUGGUACAAUUGAUGUUAUUGCAAAGGUUGCCAAGGCUCUGGGUCUUGGUGUAGGACAUAUAUCGAAUGGAUGCUUGUCCUUAUAUGGUGAUAUAACUGAUUUUCUUGACAAGGCACCUUCAUUUUACGAUCCAUAUAGUGAGCCGAAUGCACAUCCACGACGACAUGUUGAAGAUUUCAAAUCGGGUGCCGAAGCAGCUAAAAAAUCAUUAUGGUUUGGUUUGAAAGAUGGUAUUACUGGACUUAUAAAAGAACCGUCUGUUGGUUAUCAACGUCAUGGUAUAUUGGGUGGCGUAGGUGGAGUAGUAUUGGCUACUGUCAAUGUUUUUGUGAAACCUAUAGCUGGUACUCUUUCAUCAAUCACAUGGUUAGGUCGUGGUACAUAUGCAAGUGUAAAAAAUGCAAUGACAACUGGUUCAGCUGAUAGAAUAAGUACUGCAAUUAAGACAUUAGGAUUCGAGCCCAUUACACCGGUUGCAGACAAAGAAGAAGAACAAGAAAAUAAUAACAAUAUUAUUAAUGAUAAUGCUGAUGAUGAAGAUAAUGAAGCUUCACAUAUUGCCAAAGUAGCAUCAGCUCUAUCGGGUUUGACACCAAAAGUAUGUCAACAAAUUCUCAAUGAUUUUGAACAAGUUAAAAAGAAUCGAAAGCGGAUUAGCGCUGGAUUAUUAUCUUUGCCAUAG